UAGAACAUCUCCUCUACUCUUGAAACUAGUUGUCAUAAGAACUACAGAAACUGAGAUACUUCAGAUUGUUAUGCACAAUGGCAAAAUGGGAAAAAGUUACAGAGGAUACUGUCCCAAUUUCAUUUAUGGACAGUGUAGACAGCGCAAGAAAUUCUGUUAACUUUGAUGAAGACAUUAAACAAUCGACAUUUGAUAAAACAGCUCAACAUAAAAUGAAUACUGAACUUCACAAAAAGCUGAGAUUGAUCACGAUUGCUAUUAUUGUGUUGUAUUUGUUGGUUCUCUUUACCAUAAUAUAUGUCAUUCAUUCAUCAGUGUCUUUAAACAAAACAGCGGAAAUGCAGGAGAAAACAGAGAAAUUAAUACAACAGUAUAAACCCAGUUUUGAAAAUAAAGUAGUCCGGGAGGAGAACAAAAGUCAUGCCAGUGUUCACUUGUAUUCACAGCUGGAAAAGAAUAUUUCUUGGCUGACAGCAAAUUUAGAAAAUGUGUCCACGGCGAUCAAUUUACUGGUAGAAGAGCAAGCCAUUAUUACUCUGAAACUGAAUAGAGAACUUACUAUUCUAAAUAAUAUUACUGAAGACCUAAGAUUGAAAGAAUGGGAGCAUUCUCAGACACUAAAGGACAUAAAGGCAAUUGAAGGUCCUCCAGGCCCAAAAGGAGAGAAAGGGGAUAGAGGAGACAGAGGUUUUCCUGGAGUUAUGGGACCCCCAGGCAGUAAAGGUGAUCCUGGACCUCCAGGUCCUCCUGGUAUGAAAGGAGAAAAGGGGAACCCAUGUAUUAAUGGGAAUUCAUCAGAUACUGCAGGCAAUUCAACAACUGCUGCAGAUAACAUUCGACUUGUCAAUGGGAUAACACCAAAUCAGGGAAGAGUGGAAGUACUUCACAAUGGAAUAUGGGGAACUAUCUGUGAUGAUAAAUGGGAUAUUAAUGAUGGAAUGGUUGUCUGCAGAAUGCUUGGAUACGGAACAGCUGUUAGAGCUGUCCAGAAUGCUUAUUAUGGAAGAGGUACUGGCCAAAUUUGGAUGGAUGAAGUUGCAUGUCACGGAUAUGAGACUACUAUUUUUGCUUGUGCAUUUCUAGGGUGGGGUAAGAACAACUGCCAGCACAACGAGGAUGCAGGAGUAGUUUGCUCAUCUUAAGACUCAUUAUUAUUUGCUUUUAAAUUUUUGAUUGGCAAUAUUUGUUAAAGUUCACAGAUUUCCUUAAUCUGAUCUUAAUGACAAAAAUUAAUCUUAUACAGUUUUUGCCAACAACUUAACAAAAUCGUUUUAUGAGGCUAAGCUUGUAAUUUAUAGCUUAUUCAGAUGGGAUUGUCAAUAAAAUAUUUCAUCUUCAGUUUUUAUAUUAUGUUGGACAUUAAUUAUUAGUUGCAAAGUAUAAUGAUUAUCCAAAUAUUAUAAUUAGCAUUAGUAUAUGCAAGAAUAACAAUGGUAUGUACUGCAUUCUGAAUGAAAAACAAACUAAAAUGAAAUAAAUCCUUUUUUAUUCAAUUA